AUGGAUUACUUCAACUCGCCAAAUCUCUAUAAUCAAAGUCACGAUCCCAAAAGGGCGCCUUCAUUAGCCUCUCCAACACUCUCAAACCAUGCCUCACCUUCACCACCGAUGUCCACUAUCCCGUUGUCUUCGGGGAAUACAACACCAACAUCGCAGCCUCGAAUCCGGAGACGCAAUCGUAUGAUCACAUCUUGUCUAGAGUGUCGUCGUCGCAAAUUGAAAUGCAACAAGUCGCACCCUUGUACCAAUUGUGUAAAAUUCGCACGCGACUGUGUAUUUCUCGCUCCAGCCUUGGAUCAGGCGUCUCAACUCAAACUCACCGAAAUCAAAGAGAAAGUUGGGUCACUCGAGAGGCUUCUCGAACGAGAUGUGGCCAAUCCAACCAAGGAUUCCAAUGUUAGUAGCCCAGGCCAGGAGAGAGCCCUACCCGGAGAGGAAGACGACAAUCUACCAGGAAAUGAAGAUGAGAGAGACCUAGAGCCAACUCCUCUGGCUGUGGUGGAUGCAGCUUAUGGAGACGAAGGAGAAGACGAUGAUCUCUUAGACCUGGGGAUCCAAAUGGGGAAAAUGAGGAUUACAGAACGGAUAGGAGGAUUCUUUAGGCCCAAAAUUAGUCAAGAGCUGCAAUACACCAUGACCGAUAACGCCUUCCCGACUGGACCCAAGACUGCAACCACUCCUAAUACCCCCUCGCCAUCUUCAUUCGCUAACCCAAUUCCACCGGCGGAAGAAUGGCUUAAGCCUGGCCCAACAUACAUCAUGCCAUCCUCAGGGUUCUUCUUUGGAUCGCAAGGUCAGCAAGCAUCACUGGUUGACUUUUUACCUUCUCGACUUGCCGCAGACAGACUUAUUAAACAAUACUUUGCUUGUGUUCACCCGAUCGCACAAUGUCUCCAUCGACCAAGUUUUGAGAAGGAGUAUGAGACGUUCUGGGAUGAAGUUUCUCUAGGUAUUGAGCCACCGAAUUCUGUACAGGCCGUCGUUUUUGCCGCUAUGUUUUCUGGGGCCGUCAGUAUGGAAGAAGCCGAGAUCGUAAGAGAUUUUGGAGUAUCAAAGGAAAGCUUGAUAUCGAAUUUCAAACUCGGUACCGAGACGGCUUUAGGAAGAGCAAACUUUCUUAGAACCACCAAGAUGGAGACCCUCCAAGGGUUUAUCAUGUAUCUGAUACCACUCUGUCGAUCAGAGGUCUCAAGAGCUCACUCUGUUCUACUGGGCGCUGCCUUACGAAUGGCAGAAUGCAUGGGAUUGCAUCGAGAUGGCGAAACCUACGGCAUGAACCCCAUUGAAACUCACAUACGCCGCUUAGGGUGGCACCAGUUAUGCUUUUUAGAUAUUAGGACUUGUGAGGCACAAGGACCGCGGCCGUCUAUUCGCAAAGGAGAGUUUGAUACCAAACUACCCCUUAACAUUAACGAUGUGGACUUACAUGCUGCUGGAAGGCCGCCCACACCAUCGGAUAAAUUUACGGACUCCACGUUAUCACUAAUACGUUUUGAAGUGAUCGAGAUGAUGAGAACACUCUGGAUCGACCGUCCUCGGAUAGAAAGCCGCAAGAUAAGUCUUACCGCCGUUCUCACGAAGAUUGAAACCUUCAAAUCCAACAUGAAUGCGAAAUACGAUCACUUGAUGGACGAUCGAAUCGCUGUUCAGAAGGCAGCUAAGAUAAUUAAAGCACUCCUUCUGUCUCGUCUCCACGUGAUGGUUCUUCACCGAUAUCACAACUCUGUUGUCACUCCUAUGCCUGACCGUCUGCGGACUAUAAUGCUUUCAAAUGGCACUGCCAUCCUUGAGACAUCAGUUGCGCUUGAGACCCUGCCAGAACUUAAGAAGUGGGCUUGGUACGUGGGAGCAUUAUCUCAACAUCACACUGCGUUUCUUCUACUGCUUGAAGUCUACGUUUAUCCAAAUUGCAAAGAAGCAGACCGUAUUUGGCCUUGUUUGGACUACAUAUUCGAAUGCGAACCUACUGAGAAUCGCCGCACCAAAGCUCUUCGCGUGCUUUCUGAGCUACAACAGAAGACAGCUGUGUAUCAGAGCAUGCGUGGUAUGAGGGCGCCCACAAACAUGGAACGCCAUAUUGGUCAGCGGGCACCUCGUGUGGCAACUGGACCGACAACGACCGAAAAUAAACAACUUAUCUAUAUGAAAUCACCGCCUCCAGAACCACUUCCAACACCUCCAUUACAGACCAUACCUCCUCCUCAGUAUGAUUCCCAAUAUGAGCAGUCCAGCCCUAUAGCAGGAGGCGGAAGCAUUGGAAAAGUAAUAGUGCCUGAUGUUGUGUACGCUGGCGUGAGCAAUGGCGAGGCACUCUGGGCACUACCAAAUCAGCCGAGCCCGGAAGCAAGUAGUGAUGGAAAUAGCGUCGCAGGAGGCUUAGGUGCAGCUAACAGUGGAGAUGAUCUGAUGGCUGAUAUCGACUGGGAUGCAUUUGAUGCUCUAUUUCCACAAGAUCAACAGCAAGAUUGGGAUAUGCCGCUGUACUCAUACCAGUUUCCUCCACCUCCACCUACGGCUUCUGCACCGAUACAUAAUGGUUUAUUACGCGCUGGCGUUUCGUCUGCUGGUAGGGAGCAGGAGUCUGCAUGCAAAACAACUUACUAG